AUGGGCCAAAUCGUCAGUGUGAUACGACAAUGCUUGCCUUUGUGCUUUCCACUGCCAGAAUCCGAACACCAAAACGAGGCCUCCCAGGUUGUCGGCAUCGAAGACCAAAUCGUGGCCUCCCAGGUUGUCGGCGUCCAAGACCAAAACGAAGACGAAGAAGCAGCUGAGGCCACAGCAGGAGAAGAAGACGAUGACGAUGUUGCCUUCCAAGCCAAUAGGGAUGCACGUGUUACGGUCAUAGCCAGAUGUGAAGUAGACUCUAUGACCGAUGGAUGCCAAUGGGGAAUAUAUGAGGUGACAUCUCCUACUAAAGAAUAUCAUAUUACAAUACCCGUCUAUGUUUGCAUAGUGGAUCCAGAUUGCCCAGUUUGGAAAUAUGUUGGGAGAUGCUCAGAGGACAUGUCUAUACACGUAACAACCUAUUACGGCACACAUAACCAUCCACUUCCUGUCGGUUCAAUUACUGCCAUGGCUUCCGCAGCCUCAGCAGAUUUCUUCAGGUUAUUGGAUUCAAGUAAUCGCCUUUCAGAAGGAACCUACAGUUUCACCAAAGCAUCUCUUCCUUACGAUAUGAAUGACCCUAACGACCCUUCCCAAGGAAUUGUUGUUGACCUUACAAGUCAAUUCCCAAUGCCCAAAUCACCAGUGCGAGACCAAGACCAAAACCAGCCUCACAAGAUUCUUCUCGGCGAAUGCUCAAAGAAAGAAGAUGCUCCACAAAAUUUAGCAGAGAAACUCUAG